AUGCCGUCGCCCACAGGAGCUAGUUCGCAGACCGCAGACUCAACCGAUACAGCCUUAACACAUGCCUCUGGCAGUGCGACUAGUAGCAUGACUGGCAGUACCACUGGAAAGUCUGCCACCGACAAAACAGCCACCGGUACUCAGUCUGCGGAGCCUUCUGCUACCAGCGGGGGCUAUGCUGAUAGCGUCCACGCGCAUGGUGAUGAUGAUGGUCGCCUGCUCUCCUUCGAUGGUACUUUCCUUGAUUCAUUCAAGGACUUCGUGAGCUUCCUGGAGGGGGUCAAGGGUCUUCUGGCACCGACUCUCCUUGGAGACAUCGAAUCAUUCUUCCACCAUGUUGCCUACCUCCUCGAUGACACAACCACAGACCAGACUAAGAUUCUGAUUGAAACUGCCUCUGGUCUUUUGACAAAGAGCCUGAUCAGCAAAUUGAAUGGGUUACUUGACAAUGCCAGUGAGCUCUUGACCAAGGACUUUGUUCAUGAGACCAAGAGUCUUAUCGCCACAGUUGCCCCGGUGCUUACACCGGAACUGUUCAAGGAAAUCAACGGUCUGCUCGAAAAUGGAAAUAACCUGCUGAGCCCUGAGUUCGUGAAGGAGACGAAGAGUCUGAUCAAUACUGUGGCGCCUGUGGUGACCCCCGACCUUUUGAGGGAGGUCAACUCUUUGCUCAAAAACGGCAAUAGCCUCCUCUCCCCCAGUUUUAUCAAGGAAACCAAGGGUCUUAUCAACACUGUCGCCCCUGCUGUCACACCUGAGCUCCUGAAAGAGGUCAAUAGCCUUCUCCAGAACGGCAACACACUUCUGUCACCCGAAUUCGUCAAGGAGACCAAGGGUUUGAUCAACACAGUUGCUCCCGUCGUGACCCCUGAGCUUCUGAAGGAGGUUAAUGGCCUUCUCCAGAAUGGCAAUAGCUUGCUUAGCCCAGGCUUUGUCAAGGAGACCAAGGGUCUUAUCAACACAAUUGCCCCUGUGGUCACUCCUGAACUUCUCAAAGAAGUGAAUAGCCUCCUUCAGAAUGGCAAUAGCUUGCUUAGCCCUGGAUUCGUGAAGGAAACCAAGGGUCUGAUAACUGCUGUGGCUCCUGUGGUAACACCCAAGCUCCUGAAGGAAGUUAAUGGUCUUCUUACCAAUGCCAAUGACCUUCUUACUGGGAAGUCAGUCCAUAUGAUCAACGAACUGCUCACCAACGCGAACGCCCUCUUAACUCCAUCGUUCGUGAAAACGACUGGGGGAUUGAUUAAUGGAAUUUCUCCCAUGAUCACCCCGGAGCUACUGCAUAACGUUUCCUAUCUUUUGGGCAACGGAACGACCCUCUUAAGUCCAAGAUUCGUGAACGAUACUCGCUCGCUGGUAACUGGUGUUGCACCAGUCAUCACUCCUGAUCUCUUGGUCAAGGUUGGAAAUCUCCUCGGAAACGCAAAUGAGCUUCUCUCGCCGAAGUUUGUUAAUGAGACAGAGACUUUGAUUGAGGACGCAUCUGAAUUAUUGCCUCUUGUCGUGAAGUUGAUUGAUUCGUUGUAA